AUGUCACAAACUGGAAGAGAAGUAUGUUACUUAAGGUGUAUAAUAAAUUCUGGAAAAAUAGAAUUUGCUUGGUCAGUAAUCACACCAUCUUGCUGGGAUUGGAUCGGAUUGUACGAAGACGAUAGCAAAGAAAAUAGAGAAUGGGUUGAUGGACACUGGUUCUAUAUAAGUAAUCAUAGUAGUCAUUCAUCUCUUCCUGAUGGUCGACAUGUAUACACUGGUAAACAUUGGAUCGGAACUGUUUCUGGAGGAAACCAAGUAAGAUUAAAUGCUCCAGGAAAUUACGGAGAAUAUAACACUUAUUCAUAUGCUAACGUACGUAACCCUACGUUUAUUUACUUUGAAAUGAAUCGGGUUAACUAUCUACGUGAGAGGUUGCAACAUAUAUUUGAUAGACACAAGAAAGAUUGGGGAUUUACCGAAAACGAUAAUUGGAAUAAACAAAAUGGAGAGAAACUUAUGAGGAUUCUUCGAGAGUUUAUUAGAAAAAAUAUGAACUACGUUUAUCGUGGAAGUUAUAAGGAUGAUAAUGCGUAUCUUAUAGUUGAUCCUGUAACUUAUCAGUGUGUUAUAAUUUACCGUGGGGGAAAUAAAGAUUAUCGAUUAUUGUCCGGAUGGAAGCUAAGUAAUGAUCAAUACAAACAUGCAACACAACCACCUUUUAAAUUACGUGCAGUUGUACUUAUUGUAUAUGAAGACGUUCUCAAUGAAAUUGCCAACUCUGAAAAUGAAAGGGAUGAUUUACUUAAACUGUUUUUAGAAAUUUUCAAGAAUGAUAAAAAUCAUUACAGUGAUGAAGUGUAUGAUCAGAUUGCAGACUUUUUUGAAUUAGCUGAAAGUUACAUUCCGUUGUCAUUCGAAUGGAGAGAUGAAGUGGAACCAGAAGACUCUUAUGAAGUUGACUACGAAAAGAUAAGGAAAAAGGCAGAAACUAUUUUGGUGACACUUGAAAAAUUGGCAGUUUGA